UAUUAUUAGGUAUACAGUAGAUUCUUUUUAUAUCGAACGUAAAUAUUUUUCGUUAUCUCGAACUACGUUGAAUUCCCUUUGAAAUUACCAUGCGCAGAUCAUUGGUUAAAUGAUCAGGCGUUGCAUGUUUUAAAAUUUCGCGUGCCGAAUGGUAAUAUCACAGACUAUAUUAUAAUAAUAGUAUAAGGUCUAUGGUGGUAAUAUUAUCACAGAAUUAUAUGAUAAUUUUAUAAAUGAUAAGCAUUUCGAAUCAUCAAUCACGGUUUAAAAAUUUUGAAUAACACGAAUUUGCAAUAGACAAUUACCUAUUAAACAUUUAUACUUUUAAAUUUUAAUGACAGUGGGCACAAACGUCGAUCACUCGAUACAACAAAAUUUAUUAACACGAUUAUUUUGUUGUUCAAUUCAUUAAUAAUUGAAGAAGAUAUGGCUGCCAUUAAAGAAGAUAGUGCAAUAAGGAUACGUAAGAAAAAGAAAACAGCCAAAGAUACUGAUACUAAUACAACUAUUCUUACUUCCAAAACUUUAAGCGAUGCAGUUGAUUCAUCACAAUUGAAUAGAUUGAUGAAAAUAAGUAAAAAGACAAAAAAAAAAGAAAAGAAAAGACCUAACAAGGCAGCGUUAAAAGUAAAAAAAAUGGUACUGGAAGAUGUGACAGAACAAACACAACUAGUUUCCAACAAUACUGAAUCCAAUGAACCUCAAAAAAUUGCACGCACACAAUUUGUAUGUUCUUAUUGCUCUAAAACAUUUAAGUUUCAAUCUUUAUUAAUGAGACACAUUAUAAUACACACAAAUGAUAAACAAUUUGAAUGCAUAAUUUGUGCAAGUUCAUUUACUCAACAAACGUCUUUAAAUGAUCACUUGAAAAUACACACUGGUGAGAAAUCUAUUGAAUGCAAAAUUUGUGGCCUCACAUUUCUAAAAAAAUCAAACUUACAAACGCACGAAAAAACACAUACUGAUAAAACUUUUUACCCGUGCGAGUUUUGUAAAAAAACAUUUAAGCAUUCAUGUGCAUUGGUUACUCAUCGUAGGACUCACACCGGUGAAAAACCAUAUGAAUGUGAUGUGUGUUUGAAAUCAUUUUCAAAAAAAUAUGGGUUAGAUGUACACUAUCGAAUUCAUACUGGUGAAAGACCAUACUCAUGUGGAAGUUGUGAGUCUUCAUUCUUAACCAACAGUGAUCUUAAAAGACAUAUGAAAAGAUUGCACAAAUCAUAGUUAACAGGUUUUGUACUCAUUUUUGAUUUGAUCACAGAAUAAAAUAUAAAGUACUUAAUUGUUUAUUACAAUUUUGAUCGCCAUAAAUUAAAAUGUAAUUUUAUACAUAUGUUAAAUAUUUUCAAUACUAUUAUUUAUUAAAAUUGUCUAGAAUUAUUAUAUAAAAAGUUCUUUAGUACAUAAUAUAAAUAAAUUUAAAAUUUUACCCCAUGUUUUUUACAUAUUUUAUUUACUCUUAUAAGUUAUAAGUAAUGUAAUCAUAAUAUAACUGAAUAAAUAAGUACUAAUGUAUCCACUGUUUUUGUUGAGUAAUAAAAUAUUCUGGUGUGAAUAAAAA